AUGUCGAUAUUCUGGUCUAUCCAUGAAAAAUUGAUAUUCAUUGUAAAAAUUUGUUUAUUUCACAAUAAAUACAUUUACCGAUUUUAAGUGCUAUCUAUCAUUUUCAUUAUUCAAUUCCUCCACACGCUAGAGAGAGAGAGAGAGAAAAAGAGAGGUUGUGUUGUGUUUCUGGGUUUUGGAAUUUCCAUUCAAUUCAACAACAACCACCACCACCACCACCACCGUCCACCACCGCCAUCAUCAUCAUCGAAGUUCGAUCGAUCGUGGCGCAUCUAUCAAUCAAUCAACAGGAGGGUUCCUUUGUUUAUUGUUUUAUGGCAAAUCUGUACGUGAAGGCGGUGCCACCAGCGGAUCUGAACAGGAACACGGAGUGGUUCACGUACCCUGGCGUUUGGACCACCUACAUCCUCAUCCUCUUCUUCUCAUGGAUCCUCGUUCUCUCCGUCUUCAGUUGCUCCCCUGGCAUCGCUUGGACCAUCGUUAAUCUCGUCCAUUUCCUUGUAACAUAUCACUUUUUCCACUGGAAGAAAGGAACUCCAUUUGCAGAGGACCAAGGGAUCUACAAUAGAUUGACAUGGUGGGAGCAGAUAGACAAUGGAAAGCAGCUCACUCGUAACAGGAAGUUUCUAACAGUUGUUCCUUUGGUGCUGUACUUGAUUGCCUCACACACAACUGACUAUCAGAACCCAAUGCUGUUCUUCAACACUGUUGCUGUGAUUGUGCUAGUUGUUGCAAAGUUCCCUAAUAUGCACAAGGUUCGGAUAUUCGGAAUCAAUGCUGAUAAGUGAAAACAUUUGUGUCCAGUCCAAGAAACUUGGUUUUCUGCUCAAGAGUCUCUUCUCUUGUUCUGAAAAAGGUUGCACCUUUGUAUAGAAAGGCAGAACUAGAAAGAUACUCAAAGUAAUGAUGUUUUGUUGCCAACUGUUUUUCUCAAGCUGCUUCUUCCAAGUUAUUAAACCAAUAAAAAUAUGUUGAGUUAUUUCUGUACAGUAGAGAAAUAUAUGUAGUACCGGAUUAUAAUGGUGCUUUAAAAUGUACCUUCCUUUCCUAUCCAUUUUGGUUUAAUUACGGCCUUAGAAGAACUGAUAUGCAAGAAUGAUCAUUUGUGUUA